AUGGAUAAAAAGAUGAAAUCAGACAUAGACCCGGAAAGUGCUAUAGAGCCGACUCGAUCUCAUCUUGGAGAGGUGCUAGACAAAACCAUCCAGGAAGAUGCCGUUUUCGGGGCCAUCCAAGAAGGAGAUACGAACUAUCGAGAUGUGAGCUGGAUGGGAACGAUGGCCUUGAUGGUAAAGACACAAAUUGGUCUCGGUGUUCUCUCAAUGCCAAAGGUCUUCGACACGCUUGGUAUAUUACCAGGAAUUAUCUUGCUUAUUGUGAUUGCCGGAAUGACAACAUGGUCAAAUUGGAUGAUUGGAGUCUUUAAAUUACUCCAUCCUGCGGUCUACGGAAUCGACGAUGUGGGCAAAAUGCUUUUUGGGCGCAUAGGGUUUGAGUUAUUUGGUGCCAUGUAUACCCUUUACUGGAUCUUCUCUGGGGGCUCCGCUCUGCUAAGUAUUUCGAUCUCCUUCAACGCACUUACUGAUCAUGGAACGUGCACUGCGGUUUUCGUUGCCGUUGCUGCCAUCAUUGCUUUCAUGUUCUCGAGUAUACAAACACUCGCUCGUAUAUCUUGUCUUCAUUGUGACAGUCGCGGUCGGGAUUCAAGGCCACCCCCGCCGAUAGACGGGGUCGUCUUUCAAUCGGAUUAUAAGCUUUUCGGUAAUCCCAGCUUUAUUGACGCCAUGACUGCCGUAUCGACCAUUUCGUUGACCUACGCCGGUACACCCGCCUUCUUCAAUAUCGUCUCCGAGAUGCGCGACCCGCAGUACUACAACCGAGCUCUAGCCAUCUGCCAGGUUCUUGUCACUGUGAUCUAUAUUGUGGUUGGAACAGUCGUAUACUACUACUGCGGCUCCUAUGUCGCAUCGCCAGCUCUUGGUUCGGCGGGAAUUUUGAUCAAGAAAGUCAGCUAUGGAUUUGCUCUGCCGGGGCUCAGUGUUUCCGCAAUUCUUUUGCUUCAUCUGCCUGCUAAACAUGUAUUCGUUCGCAUACUUCGAGGGACUCCUCAUCUCACAGGACAGACCAUGGUUCAUUGGGUCACCUGGUUGGGAUCUACUUCCAGUAUCGUCACGGUUGCAUACAUUGUGGCAAGUAGUAUCCCCGUGUUCAGUGAUCUCGUAGCACUUGUCGGAGCUCUCCUGGCGACAUCAUUAUGCUUUCAACCUAUGGGUUACUCUAAAUAUACCGAAUAUCAAUUUUAA